AUGUCUGUCGGUCAAGCCAAUCCGAUCGGACAGGUGAUGUGGGUGAGUAAUCCAUUAGAAGGAUACAGAAUCCCUUCCUCAGCAGUGCACCGUUGGAGCACGCUCAGCAAGCACCUUGACGGGCCCCAGAGCCAGGGCCUGUCAGGAGCCAGGAGGCAGAGUGAUGGAGAGCCCCCGCCACGGUGCACUGGACCCUGGCUCUUACCCACGCACCACCGCUGGGUCUGCCUUUCACCCGGGGGCCCCUUGGUCACCACAACACACUCCAGAUGUAUGGAGGUAUGCGCGGGCUGA